AUGGAACUGUUUACACUUGAUGUUUUCAUAGCAAAGGGCUUUGUUUCAGCCUCAAUCACCCAUAGAGUUACAUGCAAAGAGGUUGUUGUAGCUGGUCCAAACUCCAAAUAUAUCAAGGGAGUUCCCAAAUCACGAAGUGAUAUUCCUGCAUGCUUGUCUGUCGGAAAAAUCUUGUCCGACAGGGCAAGAGAGGUUGAUGUAUACACUGCUUCUUAUACACCUAGAGAUAGGGACAAAUUCGAAGGAAAAAUUAGAGCAGUUGUUCAGUCCCUUAUUGAUAAUGGUAUCGACAUCAAAGUUUAUCUUGACUGA